AUGCCUAAAUCUAAAAGAGAUCAGAAAAUUUCUCUUACGCAAACAAAAAAGAAAGGAUUAAGUUUUAAACAAAAUUUAGUGGCGGAAAUACGAGAAAAUUUAACCAAAUAUGAUAGCCUUUAUUUAUUUUACGUUAAAAAUAUGAGAAAUAUUGCAUUGAAAGAGGUAAGAGCAGAAUGGAAGCACAGUAGGUUCUUCUUCGGAAAGAGUAAAUUAAUGGCUUUGGCUUUGGGUAAAACUACUGAGAGCGAACAAGGUGAUAACGUACACAAAUUAGCUAAAGAAAUUAAAGGACAAUGUGGUCUACUGUUCACAAAUGAGAAAAAAAGCGAUGUCGUAAAGUGGUUCGAUAAUUAUUACAAGCCAGAAUAUGCUAGAUCUGGAUUUCAAGUUAAAAAAACAGUUACGCUUCCUGAGGGACCCCUUUUAGAUUUUAUCGGUUCAAUGGAACCAAAUUUAAGAAAACUCGGAUUACCAACAGUUAUUAAAAAUGGUAAAGUUCAUUUAAGACAUGAGUACACAGUUUGCAAUUCAGGAGAUAUUUUAACUCCUGCACAAGCUCAAAUUCUUAAAUUAAUAGGAGAAUGUUUAGCUCAAUUUAAAAUUACAUUAAAAUGUGUGUGGAUGAAAGAUGGUAGUUUUGAAGUUUUAAAUGAUAACAUUGAAGGCAUUGAAGAUGAGCAAGUAGAAAAUAUGGAAUAUUAA